UUUCUUCCCAAACAAGGAACUAACCUGAAAGCGAAUUUCAGCUUCGGCGAGCAAAUCUAAUUGUUUUACAUCCCGAAAAUGCCCUUCCCUUUGGGCCUUAUUUACCUAAGAAACCCGAACCUUUCGGCUUUCCCAUGAGCGGAGCAGAUUCUUUCAUUUGAGUCUCCCUCCACUUUCCCUUUGCUCCGAGCUUCAUCUCCCGCCAAAAGUCUCAGACUCCCUAAGCUUCCACUCGGUUUCUCCACCUGUAAAUGUCGAAGUCGAAGACAUCCUCUUCUUCGUGGCUCCCCCAUUUCAAUCCCGGCGACCGGGUCGAGAUCAGCUCCGACGAGCCCGGGUUCCGGGGAUCCUGGUUCGCCGGCACCGUCAUCCGCCGCGAGGUGAAGAACCCUAAUCGCUACGUAGUCCAGUACGACAAGCUCUACGAGGACGAAUCUGGGGAGAAGCUGUUGCAAGAAACCGUCGAUUGGGUAGAAUUGCGCCCGCCGCCUCCUCCCGAGAAGAAGAAGGUGCAGCUCAAGUUCGGCGACGAAGUGGAGGCCUUCCACAGCGACGGAUGGUGGGAAGGGGCUAUUACCGCAGAGCACGCCGACGGGAAAUUUGCUGUGUUUUUCAGAAGUUCGAAAGAACAGAUUGUCUUUGAAGGGAAAGAAUUGAGGUUGCGCAGGGAGUGGGUUGAAGGGAAGUGGGAGCCGCCAUUCGAGCAGCGUCAGCGGGAGAAAGAGAGGUCGCAAGAGAAAGCUGACUCUAGGCCAAGCAAAUUAGUGAAACGUGAGAGUUCUUCUGUUAACAAUGCAAAAUCACAGGGGACCAACUCAACGAAAGUGGGAAAAGGGGAGAAAUUGUCUGAGCCGGAGGCAAAACCAAAUCUUCCCGAGGAAGUGGUGAAGUUCACUCAAGGAAUGCAAGUCGAGGUGACAACUGAUGAUGAGGGUUUCAAAGGCGCUUGGUUUGCUGCAACGAUCAUUGAACCUUCGGGUGAAGACCAGUUCCUCAUUGAGUACAAAACCCUGACAAAUGACGAUGAUACGGAGUUUCUUAGAGAAGAAAUCCGAACUUGCCACAUAAGGCCUUGUCCACCGGAGACCAUUAUUGUGGAUGGAUUCAAGGUGAUGGAUGAAGUGGAUGCUUACUAUAACGAGUGCUGGUGGGUUGGUGUGAUUGCAAAGGUUUUGAUCAACUGCAAGUACAUGGUUUACUUCAAAGAUACUGAUGAGAAGAUAACGUUCAAGCAGGCCGAUUUGAGGCCACAUCAGGACUGGUUGUACGGCAAAUGGGUUGUCCCUUCAAAGGCUCUUAAGCAGUGAUUUCUGGGACAAAGGCCAACAAGUUUUGCUGGACAUAACUACAUAAGCCAACUGUUGAAGGGGUCCAUUCAGUUCCUUGAGAGCUGUAGCAGCAAGAUGAUUGAACGGUCAUGAACCAUUAGUCUAUUGGAUUUCUUGUCUGCAUUCCCCUGUACAACAUUCACUCACUCUGUGUUAGGUCUUUUCUGGUUAAACAAACAAUAUCUGUUUUUCCUCGUGUUGAAGUUUGGAUCCCUUUCAGCAUGUGCCUUCCAAUUGUAUUAUAUUGAGAAUGUAAUUGGUCGAUAGCCAAAACUGUUUCGUUAACAGCUGCAGUGAACUCUUCUCAUCCAAAUCUGAGUUCUUAAUACAUUUCAACCCACAAAUGCUUCCAGGG